AUGGACAUACUCUUCGCUCAGAUCCAAGCGGACCUCCGCUCCAACGACGCUCUCCGCCAGUCCGGCGCUCUCCUCCAAGCCCUCCAGCAAUCUGCCGCCGGCCGUGACAUCUCCGUCAUCGCCAAGUCUGCCGUCGAAGAGAUCGUCGCCUCGCCGGCCUCCGCCGUCUGCAAAAAGCUCGCCUUUGAUCUCAUUCGCUCCACCCGCCUCACCGCCGACCUCUGGGACACCGUCUGCGUCGGAAUUCUUACCGAUCUGGACUUCCCCGACCCUGACGUCAGCGCUGCAGCCAUCUCAAUCCUCGCCGCUAUCCCCUCCUACCGCCUCUCCAAGCUCAUCACUGACGCCCAGAAAGAAAUCAACAGCUGCUUCGACUCUCCGAGCGAUAAUCUCCGCUUCUCCAUCACCGAAACCCUCGGAUGCAUUCUUGCUCGCGACGACCUCGUCACGCUCUGUGAGAACAAUGUCAAUUUGCUCGAUAAGGUCUCCAGCUGGUGGUCCCGCAUCGGAGGUAACAUGCUCGACGCAUCCGACGCCGUAUCGAAGGUGGCAUUCGAGUCGGUGGGGCGUUUGUUUCAGGAGUUCGAUUCCAAGCGCAUGAGCAGAUUAGCGGGUGAUAAGUUAGUCGAUAGUGAGAAUUCGCUCGCGAUUCGAUCCAAUUGGGUCUCCUCGAUGGUCGACUUCGUGUGGAAGAAGCGGAGUGCGUUAAUGGCGAGAUCGUUGGUUUUGCCCGUGGAGAGUUUCAGGGCCACUGUGUUUCCGAUCGUGUACGCGGUCAAGGCCAUGGCUUCAGGCUCGGUCGAGGUCAUAAGGAAGUUGUCGAAGUCGUCUAAGGGCUCCAAUGGGACUGUUGUGGAUAGCAAUGCAGAGAGGUUGGUGGGAGUUUCGGAUGUGGUCACGCAUUUGGUGCCAUUCUUGGCUUCGUCAUUGGAUCCAGCUUUGAUUUUCGAAGUGGGGAUUGACUUGUUGUAUUUGGCUGAUGUGCCUGGUGGGAAGCCGGAGUGGGCUUCACAGUCAAUUAUCGCAAUUCUCACACUUUGGGAUAGGCAAGAGUUUGCUUCUGCAAGAGAGAGUAUUGUUAGAGCUGUGGUUACCAAUCUUCACCUUCUCGAUCUUCAUAUGCAGGUUUCGUUGUUUAAGAGGCUGCUUCUUAUGGUGAGAAACUUGAGGGCAGAAUCAGAUCGUAUGCAUGCUUUAGCAUGCAUUUGUCGAACAGCGCUUUGUGUUGAUCUCUUCGCAAAGGAGAGUGUCCGUAGAGGCCAGAAACCUCUUGCUGGAACUGAUAUAGCUUCACUUUUUGAGGAUGCGAGAAUAAAAGAUGAUCUUAAUAGUGUGACAAGCAAGACCUUAUUUAGGGAGGAGUUAGUGGCGUCAUUAGUUGAAAGUUGCUUUCAGCUGUCUCUGCCUUUGCCUGAACAAAAGAACUCAGGGAUGGAGAGCAGGGUUAUUGGAGCCUUGGCAUAUGGAACUGGUUAUGGCGCACUAAACUGGACAGAGCCUGCUUUGGAAGUGGUGGAGGUUUGCAGGCCUUGUGUCAAAUGGGAUUGUGAUGGCCGGACCUAUGCAAUUGAUUGCUAUUUGAAGUUGCUUGUGAGGCUUUGCCAUAUCUAUGAUACUAGGGGAGGUGUAAAAAGAGUUAAAGACGGGGCUUCACAGGACCAAAUUUUAAAUGAGACAAGGCUACAAAAUUUGCAACGUGAACUUGUGAAAGAUCUACGUGAGGUGAAUACCCCAAGAAUAUGUGCUCGCCUUAUUUGGGCUAUUUCUGAGCACAUAGAUUUAGAAGGUCUGGACCCACUUCUUGCUGAUGAUCCUGAGGAUCCACUGAACAUUAUUGUAUCAAAUAUCCACAAGGUUUUGUUCAAUAUAGAUUCAUCUGCUGAUUCAACAAAUAGGCUUCUAGAUGUUCAAGCAGUUCUUUUAUGUGCCCAGCGGUUGGGAUCACGCAACCUUAGGGCUGGGCAGUUACUGACUAAAGAACUUGAAGAGUUCAGGAACGGUAGUACGGCGGAUUCUGUUAACAAGCAUCAGUGCCGUUUGAUAUUGCAGAAAAUCAAGUAUGUUUCAAGUCAUCCAGAAAGCAGGUGGGCAGGAGUCAGUGAAGCCAGAGGUGAUUACCCAUUUAGCCACCAUAAACUAACUGUCCAGUUCUACGAAGUAGCUGCAGCUCAGGAUAGAAAGUUAGAAGGAUUGGUUCAUAAGGCUAUUCUAGAACUUUGGAGGCCGGAUCCCAGUGAACUAACCCUUCUGCUGACUAAGGGAGUUGACUCUACUUUUAUCAAAGUUCCUCCUAGUGCAAUUACUUUGACUGGUAGCGGUGAUCCCUGCUACCUUGAAGCAUAUCAUCUGGCAGAUGCUAGUGAUGGAAGGAUAUCUCUGCAUUUGAAGGUCUUAAAUUUAACUGAGCUCGAGCUCAACCGGGUUGAUAUUCGAGUUGGGUUAUCUGGUGCAUUAUACUUUAUGGAUGGAUCCCCUCAAGCAGUACGGCAGUUGCGUAACCUUGUUUCACAGGAUCCGGUACUUUGCAGUGUAACUGUGGGUGUCUCCCAUUUCGAAAGGUGCUCUCUUUGGGUUCAAGUCUUAUACUACCCCUUUUAUGGAAGUGCUGCUAUAGAUUAUGAAGGAGACUACACCGAAGAAGAUCCUCAAAUCAUGAGACAAAAGAGAAGUUUAAGGCCAGAACUGGGAGAACCUGUAAUUUUAAGGUGUCAGCCAUACAAAAUUCCACUGACCGAGCUUCUUAUGCCACAUAAGAUCUCACCGGUUGAGUUUUUCCGUCUGUGGCCCAGUUUACCAGCCAUAGUAGAGUACACUGGUACAUAUACUUACGAAGGAAGUGGCUUCAAGGCUACUGCUGCACAGCAGUAUGGGGCAUCUCCUUUCCUGAGUGGGCUGAAAUCCUUGUCAUCCAAACCAUUCCACAGAGUUUGUUCACAUGUUAUCCGGACAGUGGCAGGAUUUCAGCUUUGUUUUGCUGCAAAAACUUGGUACGGUGGCUUCUUGGGCCUAAUGAUCUUUGGAGCUAGUGAAGUGAGCCGGAAUGUUGACCUGGGUGAUGAGACUACAACCAUGAUAUGCAAAUUUGUUGUUCGAGCUUCUGAUGCAUCAAUUACAAAGGAGAUUGGAUCGGAUCUCCAGGGCUGGUUAGAUGACCUCACUGAUGGGGGUGUUGAGUACAUGCCCGAAGACGAAGUGAAAGUGGCUGCUGUUGAGAGGCUUAGAAUCUCAAUGGAAAGGAUAGCUUUGCUAAAGGCAGCCCAGCCUAAACGCAAGAUUCCCAAAUCUGAUGAUGAUGAUGAUGACGAAGAUGAAGAAGAAAGUGAUGAAGAAGAUGAGGAUAAAAUAAAGAAAAAGAAGGAAAAGAAAAAAGAUGGUGAGGAAGAUGGCAAACCAAAGGGACCUACAACCCUGUCAAAAUUGACUGCAGAGGAGGCUGAACACCGUGCUCUUCAAACGUCAGUGCUCCAAGAGUGGCAUAUGUUGUGUAAAGAUAGAGGUACAAAAGUUAAUUGA